GUCUCAUGAUAAAAUCAUUAAUUUAGUGUAAACUUUUUCAUGGUUGACAACAAAAUCGUAUAUGUUAUGCAAUAGCAAUGUGAUAGUAUUACAAAAUUGUAAAACGCUUUCUUCAUACAGUUUUAAUAUCUACAAAAUAAGAAAUGUUUUAUCAGUUAAAAUGUUUUAAUUAAGAUUCUUUCGCGUACGUUAUGAAGAGUUAUUUCCGGUAAUUACAUGUCAUUUCAUUAAACAUCCUUGUGUAGUGUGUAACAUUUUGUUUUAAGGACACUACUAAAUAGUGAGGAAUUUAUAUUUUGUAAAGCGGCAUUUUCAUCUGAAAGUCUUUUCGGUGUGUUGUGUCCAAUAAAAGUGACAGUUAUACACAAGAAAAUAUAUUUAUAAAGGAUAUAAAAAUUAGAGACGUAAACGUUCAUGUACAGUUACGUUGAGAGUGGAUUGGAUUACACUGGAAAAAGACGCUGCUGAUACAAUUUUCCUAAAGUCUAAAUAGAACUGCGCAAGAUCAUCAUAGUUCCCAGACAUAGACUACAGACUACGGACAUUGUUGAGAAGACAGAAACUCAACAAAGACUUUAAUUAUAAGAAAAUAUCCACGUUCUUAAGAUAAUAUGUUGAUAGAUUAUUGUUGAUUGAAACAAUGUUCAGCUAAUGUAAUUUAAGACAAAAUGGAGUCAGAAAAGAAUUUUACUUUAGAGAAACUAGAUCAGCUAGAGAGAGCGAGUUAUCUGCCCCUGACAGUAUUCUUAGUAAUCCUAAUGUUCAUUGGAAGUGUGGGGAAUAUUCUGGUCCUUAUAAUUUAUAAAAGGAAAUUUACAAGGUCAAGUGCAAGAUGUUACAUUCUUAGUCUAGCUAUUGCAGACUUAAGUGUAAGCGUGGUUGCAAUACCAUACCAUGUUUUGGACUUGACACUUAUUUUAACAUACACUCACACGAACGUGUGUAGAAUAUUGAGUUUCUUAAUCGGAGCUUGUACGCUUAGUUCGGUAUUUAUUCUUCUUGUAGUUGGGCUGGAUAGAUAUUUUAAGGUUUGCAGACCUUUGAAAAGACAAAUCAAAGAUUUUGGCGAUAGGAAAGCAUGUCUACUGGCAAGUUUUGUUGCUAUAGUAAUAUCCAUUCCCCACGGUAUUAUUUACGGAGAAAGUACUGUACUGACUCAAGCUAACAAUCUUACCGGGGUGGAAUGUUUUAUUUCUGAUGAAUACCAAGGCUCGGGGUUAGCUGUUGGAUAUUUAGGGUUCAAUUUGUUAAUUUUUUUGUUGUCGGUGAUAUUUCUUGUCAUAAUAUACGGAUUUAUUUGCCGAAAAAUCUAUAAUCAUGAUCGCAAAUCAGGAGAGAUUAGUUUGAAGGAAAAGAAGAAAUUUGGACUUUGUUGUAGCGUACAGAGCACAGAUGACUGUGCUGGUAUAAACGGUGCUGCAAUUGAAGUGGAUGAAAGAAAAAGUUGUAAAUCAAAUACUGGUCAUCAAAGAAUUGCGAUGAAGAAGAAGAAAAAGGAAAAUGCAGAUAGAAAAUCUUUAAGACAAAAUAUGACUAAGUCGAAGCGUAACACUAAUUCUUCAAAAACUGUAAGAAAUAGUUGUGAAAUGGUACGCCAUGUAAGACCGGGAUCAAAGGCGUUAGAGAGGAACGCUCUGAAGAUAACUCUAAUGAUGUUGACUAUCACAGUAGUUUUUAUUGUUUCUUAUCUCCCAUUCAUAAUAAUUUCAAUCUUAGAUUCAAUAGACGAAGGCUUCUGGGACGGUCGUACUAUUGUAGAGUCUGUAUUUCUGGACUGUAUGUUAAGAUUAUAUCUUGUGAACAAUGUAACUAACCCAGUGAUAUACAGCUUCUGGGAUGAAAAAUUCCGGAGAGAAACAAAGCUGCUUCUUAUAAGAUUAUCAUGCUGCUUUGAUGUGAAUGAAGAAGACCUGAAACAUUCAAAUCGCAGUGGUAAAAGUGCAUUUGUAACAACUAAGGGUAUCAAUACAGGAACUGCUAAAUCUAACGACACGGCUUAGAACGUUUAAUAUAAAAGUGCGACUAAAUCUGUCAAAUUCUGAUUGGCUUAAACAUUUUGUAUACGAUGCCGUAUAUACCUUGAAUAACGGAACCACGCAUAAAACAACGCAAUGUAUUUCUACAUGGUAGACGGUGAACCACUUAAUCAUUGCAUACAAUUUAUUGCUGCGUUUUGUUCUUUAUGGCAUAUUUCUCGACAUCAAAAAUAGUUAAAAAUUAUACCGCAGCGGUAAUGAUGUCCUUUAUCUUCAAUCACUUUGAAAUACGUAUGACUCAUAUUUACGUGAGUCAGUUUCUCGCGCUUUGAUGAAAACAGUCUUAAGUUGCGGGAUUUUUUUUAAUUGUCUAAGUAGCUAUUUGCAACGUUAUAGAUUCGUAACACAACUUGCUGACUUGAUAAACGGGAGUAAAUAGCGUUUGACUUUAUCGGUUAUUGUUUUCUUUUAUAUUUCUUUUUCUUUUGUAUUUUUCUGUACUCUCAUUGUUUUUUGUUUUGUUUCUGAAAUCUGUUUUGGGCUUUCAUAUGCAAGGUGCCUUACAGGCAUACAUUCAAUAGACGUAGACAUCUGGCAUUCCGAUGUCUUAUACAAAUUGAGACUUUUCGGCAUUUAAGAUUGUCUUACAUGAUGGUUUUCUUCUUCAUAAACAAAGAGUCGUUGAUACGGGUGCAUCAUCAAGAUGGAAUUUAUCAGAUCUGGUGUUCCUCAAGGGACAAUCUUUGCUCCCUUCUUUUGUUCAUAAUAUUCAGGCGGCUACGUUUUUAGAGCAAAAAAAUCUUUUUUACUAUAAUUAUGAUCUCGCCGUAACAUCUUGUUUUCGUCAUAACACCACCUAGCAGCGCUCGCAACGAUAAAAAAUAAGCCGGAGCUCCAUCUUAAAGACAGACACGUUUUAGCUACUAACAUGCGCUUUCAAUCAUUGUAUAUAAUUUUAAUCGCCGAACCUUCUUUUUUCCGUCACAACACAGCGUAGCAGCAAUUGAACUGGGUAAAACAAGCCUGCGUUUUCUGUAUAGUCAACCGUAAUUUAACAUUUAAAGAUUCAGCUUGAAUGAAAUGUUUAAGAAUCAAAUGAUACAUGCAUGUUAAUUGUUUCUGAUUAAUUACAUAUGAUCAUUAUUAAACGUUUUGUUGUU